AUUGGAGAUGAUGAAGUUAUAUGUGCUAGUAAUUUUUUCACAUGGCGAAGACUAACUGAAGACAUAGAAAAAGUGUGGAUUAACUCCAAAUUCCAAUGUUUACUACUUACUACUGUUCAAUUUAUUUGACGUCUUAGCUUUUUUUUUCUUUUUUCAUAUUAGGUUAUUGUCUUUGAUUUGACUGGUAUUUUUUUAUUUACAAAUAAAUCAUUGAUAAUAAUUAGAGAAUGAAAAAGCUGUCGGUGGUGAGAACUGAGAUUUGAUAAAAUUACAACUUUGGAUCUUUACUCAUAAUCUCAGCCGACGCAUGCUAACUAUAAAAAGUUAAAAAUUAAAAAUUAAAAAUAAACAAGUGAAAUCAGAGAAUGAAAAUUGUGUAGAAAUACACACACACAGCUAAUUCAUGUUGUUUGAUUGGUAUUUUGUUUUUGUCUUUAGUAAGUAAAGCUAUGUUUUAUUAUUAAUUUAUUGUGUUUGAGCUUCGGUGGUAGAUAGCACCAAACAAAUAUUGACUCCAAUCGAAUUGUCUGUCCAAUGGAAGCUUCAAGUUUCUGUGAGCUCCUGACUCCUGAGGUAGCUGACAUGAGAUUGAUUGAAAGCUUAACAACCUUUCGUUAGAGCUAAAAGAGAAAGAAAAAAGGUUUGUUUUUUGUUUAUGGUAAAAGCAAAGUGAAUCAACCAGGAUUAUUAUUAUUUUGUAAUCUCAUCAUGGAUUGCGUGAGCUGCGGGGGUCCAUUAUUGGACAUUGGUAUUCGUUUGUGGGAUUGCUCGACCAAGAGUAUGGAUUAUUUUCAUGAACUUGAAGACAAUACUGAGUCCUUAAGUGAUGCCAUGAACGAUCUCAGGAACCUAAGCCAAGAUGUUAAAAAAAGAGUUGAAUUUGCUGAGAGACAAAGUUUGCAGUGUACAAAUCAAGUAAAAGGGUGGUUGGAAAAGGUGGAAACUUUGGAAGAAGAUGUGAACCUAAUUCUGUUAAAAGCUCGAGAACAACUCCGAACCCGAAACCACAAAUGUCUUGGUGGUUCUUCCUGUUUUAGCCACAAGCUUGGAAAGUCUGUAGCUAGAAGACUAGAUACUGUGAGAAGGCUACUGGAAAGUGGACAAUUUGAUGCUGUUUCUGACAAGUUGCCGUGCCUUAUGGUGGAUGAGAUGCCUAUAGAGAGAACAGUGGGGUUGGACUUGACAUUGGGUGAGGUUUGGAGUAGCAUCGAGGACAAAAGUGUGGGAAUUAUUGGGUUGUAUGGCAUGGGCGGCGUUGGAAAGACUACCCUUUUGAAAAGGAUCAACAAUGAGUUGUUUGGUUCAAGAAAUGAUUUUGAUGUAAUCAUUUGGGUUUUGGUAUCCAAAGAAGCAAGUAUAACAAGAAUUCAGGAAGUUUUUCGUUAUAAAUUACAGAUUCCGGAUGAGAUAUGGAAUGCCAAUGCAGCAGGAGACAGAUCCAUUGAGAUACACCAGAUUUUAAGAGGUAAAAAAUUUGUAAUUUUGCUUGAUGAUGUUUGGAAAAGGUUUGAUCUUUUAAAAUAUGGUAUUCCUAUUCCAAAUGAUGAUAAUGGGUCUAAAGUAAUAUUUACUACUCGUUCCAAGGAAGUGUGUGGCCAUAUGGAGGCUGAUAGGUGCAUUAGAGUUGAGUGUUUGACACAAGAGAAAGCCUUGGAUUUGUUUUUGGAGAAAGUGGGAACAGAAGCUCUGAAUUCUCAUCCAGAUAUACCACAUCUUGCCAAGGAUUUUGCUAAAGCGUGCCAAGGCUUGCCACUUGCUUUGAUUACCAUAGGGCGUUCCAUGGCUAGCAGGAAAAAACUAGAGGAUUGGAAACGCGGGAUUGAGUUGUUAAGGAACUCCUUAUCAAACUUCACAGGGGUUGUUGAUUAUGUUUAUCUUCUUCUCGAGUUUAGCUAUGACAGCCUGCCUAGUACAACUCUUCGGUCUUGUUUUCUGUACUGUUCCUUGUUUCCAAAGGGCUCUAGUGUUGUGAAGAACAGGCUUAUUGAUAUGUGGGUUGGGGAGGGUUUUUUUGAUGAGUUUGAUGACAUACAUGAUGAACGUAGACAAGCUGAAGAAGCCAUCGAAACUUUGAAGUUAGCAUGUUUGUUGGAAGAGGGUGAAUCAGAACAAUCUGUGAAGAUGCAUGAUGUAAUCCGCGAAAUGGCCUUGUGGUUAGCUUGUGAUCGAGGCCAGACGAAGAACAAGUUUCUGGUGAAAGAAAGUGUAAGGCCGGACAAAUUUGCGAAAUGGAAAGAUGCAGAAAGAAUAUCAUUAUGGGGUCCUGAAAUUAAAGAUCUUUCUGGAGUUAAGGUUUCUCCCAACCUUAUAACAUUGCUUAUAACUAGUACCUCCAUAAUAACAUUUCCAUGUGAAUUAUAUGAAGCCAUUCAUGCCUUGAGAGUACUUGAUCUGUCAGGUAAUCAUAGCUUAGAUUUGUUACCUGAAGGAAUUUCUAGCUUAAUAAAUCUGCAGUAUCUUAAUUUGUCUAGAACUACAUUGAGAACUUUGCCUGUUGGGAUUAAGAAUCUCAAGAGAUUGAGGUGCUUCUUACUAAAUGAUACUUAUAAUCUGAUUGAUAUUCCAAGGGAUGUUAUAUCAAGUCUUUCACAUUUGCAAGUGUUUAGUAAAUUACAAAGCCCAGAUCAAAUGCAUUACUGUCCAAUGUAUGAUGAAAUAGUCUUGUUGGAGGAGUUAGAGAGCUUGGAACACAUGGAUGACAUAUGCAUCACCAUAUUUGAAACACUUUCUGUCCAAAAACUAUUGAGCAGUACUAAGCUACAAAGGUGUACAAGAAAUCUUACAAUUAUGUGGUCUUUUACUUCACUCAACUUAUCAACUUCAGUUCUAAGAAGACUCAAGUAUUUGGAGGUUCUUGAGAUAUGGAAUGCUGAUACUCUCAGAAUUUAUCCCGAAAAGCAAAGGAUUCAAGGUUCUUUAUCAGUUGAAAGACUGCACAGCCUUCGAGUUUUGGUGAUUGUUCGGUGUGAAAUGCCUGAUAUGAAUUGGCUGGUUUAUGCUCCAUGCCUUGAGUUUCUUAAAGUGAAAGACUGUUCAUCAAUUAAACAACUAUUGAAUGAAGAUUUUGGUGAUGAAAAUGCAUUCUCAUGUCUCACAAUGCUACAUUUGCAAGACCUUCCGGAGCUGGAGAGCAUCAUAAGUCCACAGCAAGCCUUGGCAUUUCCUGUUUUGAAGGAGAUUGAAGUGUUGAAUUGCUCAAGUCUAAUGAAGCUCCCUUUUGAUUCCAACAGUGCAAAGGAAAGUUUGAUUAGAAUUAAAGGACAAAGGGAAUGGUGGGAAAAGCUGGUUUGGGAUGACAAUUAUGUUGAGAGCUUCUUAAGUUCAAAAUUUGUGUCAUUGGAUGGUAUUGCCACUGGCACUGAAUAUGAAUGCCUUCCAAAACUCUCACUUCCUUCAGAUAUUUAUACACUACCAUCCUUAUCUCCCUAAAAUUCAUAUUCUUGAAAUUUAUAGAGUUCCCAAGUUAGAACUCAUGUAAGAUAAUUUGAAAAUGUAUUGAAUUGAUUAACUUCAUUUUGUUUUAUUUUUUCUUUUCCUUUUUCA